AGCUCUCAUCACUCUCUAUACAACUCAAAUCCUUCACGUAUAUACAUGUCCAUAUUUGUAUCACAAAAUCAGUGAGAGUGAUAUAAAUUAAGAUGGAUGACUCUUCAGCUUCAUACAUACACAUGGUGCAACAUCUGAUAGAAAAGUGUUUGAUCUUCCGCAUGAGCAAAGAAGAGUGCAUGGAAGCCCUAUAUAAACAUGCAAACAUCAAGCCGGUCAUCACCUCAACCGUGUGGAAGGAGUUAGAGAAAGAGAACAAGGAGUUCUUUGAGUCGUACUCGCAGUCUCAGUCAUCAACAGGAGCAAGUCGACAGAUGUCAGAAUCAGAGACGAGCGAGUUGAUUCAAAAAAUGAUAUCUGAUAACAAAUCAAACAACUCAGACAAGGAUGAUGACGAGUAAUUGAAAUAUGGCAUAACAUGGUGACUCAUUAACGUCUACUUUUUCAUACCCCCCCUAAUCUAUGCAUGUAUGUAUGUAUGUAUUAUUAUUGAUCUUACCAUCCUGAACAAAAGGGAAAUGAACAGAUUGCCCGAGAUGUCAUAAGGGUAUUUCAGUAAAUUCAGGUGGGGUUGGGUGGGGAUAUUGAAUCUUAGUGGGAAGAAGUCACUUUAUAUGUGAUGUCAUGUGAGGAUUGUCCUUAUUGUGCUAGCUCUCCUG